AUGUCUUCUGCUCUAUCGAAAUCAAACGUUGAUGCUGCUGGGAGGAGCCUUUCCAUAGCGCCAAGUGGGCGUAAUAGAGGGUAUACGCCGUCACCAGCAGGCAAACCGAGAGCAAAGCAAAGUGAAAAUGAUCAUUAUCUAGACGUUCCUUUGCAGAAUGCCUUUGCUCGCACCUCAGAUACUUUCUUUGAGAAUUCCCUAAUUGCAACAGACAGCGCCAGCGAAAAUGGGUUCCGUGCCUUUCUGUCAGGACCAGAAGGUAUGCCAGCGAAGGUUUCCAGACACCACAAAAUCGCCAGCUAUCUCAAACAUUCCUGGGUUAGAAACAAGGGGCUCGCUCUCGUCGCCAUAUCUCAGCUUUUUGGUGUCAUGAUGAACGUGACUAUAAGACUGCUGGAACAAAAUAGUGUCCAUGGGCCUGGCAUGCACCCUUUCCAAAUCCUCUUCGUUCGCAUGAUGGGGACACUGAUAUUGAGUGGCAUCUAUCUGUAUUGGGCUCAGGUCGCGGAUGCUCCUUUUGGGGCGAGGGGCGUCCGAGUAUUGCUCAUUGCUCGAGGAGUAGGUGGUUUCUUCGGGGUAUAUGGCAUGUAUUACUCACUUCAAUACCUACCGCUCUCUGACGCGACUGUGAUUACUUUCCUGGCGCCCAUCGUCGCCUGCUGGGCAUGCUCUGUCUUACUCAAAGAACCGUUCACACGUACCGAGCAAAUUGCUGGCGUGAUGUCACUUAUUGGUGUCAUUGUCAUCGCACGACCGGGCACUUCACAAGCAAAUCCAAUGUCUUCGGGAAGUGUAAGUGACAGCGGCAUAGUCUCAAUGAACGCGACCACUUCAGUUAUAGAUCCCAAAAUUCAGGAAGCUACUCCCAAGCAGCGAGCAGGUGCUGUAGGAGCUGCUCUCAUAGGCGUACUUGGAGCAGCAUGUGCGUACACCACGAUUCGCUGGAUUGGAAAACGUGCACAUCCAUUGAUUUCCGUCAACUAUUUUGCCGCUUGGUGCACAAUCGUAUCCUCGGUGGCAUUACUUGCUGUACCUGGUGUCGAUUUCCGUCUCCCUGCUGGCUGGGUUCAGUGGGCAUAUUUAGUUUUCCUAGCGAUCUGUGGAUUCGUGAUGCAAUUCUUGCUCACCGCUGGCUUAUCUUAUGAGAAAGGCAGUCGAGCGACUAAUAUGGUGUAUACUCAGAUGCUGUUCGCGAUUGCUUUCGACAAGAUCGUAUUUGACGCCACCCCAGACCUCUUGAGCAUACUAGGUAGUAGUAUGAUCCUCGGGAGCUCGCUCUAUGUGGCUGUGCUGCAAAAUAGCGCGGUGGAAAGCAAGAAGACUGUCGACGCUGCUAGCGACGAAGAGCUAGGGCUAAUCCAAGAGGAAAGUACCGAGACCAGAGAGUCAUCAUUAGAUGAAAGAGGUCCACUGAGAGGUAUUCAAGAAGUCCAAGCUCUCUGA